CAUAAAAAAUCAUUUCUAUUUUAUUUCUAUCCCGGCUCCGGCUUUCUUAGGUUAGAAGAUAUUCAGUAGAAAUAAAUAUUUAUUAAAAUAAUUUAAUUAUUAAACAUUAAUCUAUCAAGAUGGAGAUGUCCGAUGAAAAUAUUCAAGUUUUAAGUAAAUAUCUACAGGAGACACUUAAUCCAGAUCCAAAUGUUCGCAGACCGGCUGAAAAAUUUUUGGAAGGUGUAGAAGUUAAUCAAAACUAUCCUUUACUAAUAUUAAAUCUUGUCCAUAAACCAGAAGUGGACAUGACAAUUAGAAUUGCUGGAGCAGUGGCAUUUAAAAAUUAUAUAAAAAGAAAUUGGUUUGUUGAAGAAGAUGGAGUUGAUAGGAUUCAUGAAUCUGAUCGAGCUGCAAUAAAGAAUUUGAUAGUCACUUUAAUGUUAAGUUCACCUGAAUCAAUUCAAAAGCAGUUAAGUGAUGCCAUUAGCAUUAUUGGAAAGACUGAUUUUCCUCUAAAGUGGCCAGAAUUAAUCUCACAAAUGGUUGAAAAGUUUUCUACAGGAGAUUUCAAUGUUAUAAAUGGAGUUCUAAGAACAGGUCAUUCCCUUUUUAAAAAAUAUCGCUAUGAAUUUAAAUCACAAGAGUUGUGGAUAGAGAUUAAGUAUGUACUAGAAAAAUUGGCACAGCCUCUAACUGACUUAUUUGUGGCUACCAUAAAUUUGGCACAAACCCAUAGCAACGACGUGAAUGCAUUAAAAGUUAUAUACAGUUCAUUGGUGUUAAUUUGUAAAGUAUUUUAUUCCUUAAAUUUUCAAGAUCUUCCAGAAUUUUUUGAAGAUAACAUUCAGAUUUGGAUGUCAAAUUUCCAUACGUUAUUAACGGCAGAUGUCAAAUGUCUUCAAAAUACUGAUAGCGAAGAGGCUGGUAUUAUGGAACAAUUGAGAUCCCAAGUAUGCGACAAUAUAGCUCUGUAUGCACAAAAAUAUGAUGAGGAAUUUCAGCAGUUCUUGCCACAAUUUGUUACUGACGUUUGGAGUCUUUUAGUAUCAACUGGCCUUGAACCUAAAUAUGAUCUGUUAGUUUCAAAUGCUCUCCAGUUCUUGUCAUCGGUUGCAGAAAGAGUUCAGUAUAGACAUUUAUUUGAAGAUAACAAUGUUUUGAGCAGCAUCUGCGAAAAAGUCAUUAUACCCAAUAUGGAAUUUAGAGUUUCAGAUGAGGAGUUAUUUGAAGAUAAUCCUGAAGAAUAUACACGUAGAGACAUUGAAGGUUCUGAUAUUGAUACUAGGCGAAGAGCUGCUUGUGAUCUCGUAAAUACUCUCAGCCAGAACUUUGAACAAAGAAUUAUAGACAUAUUUGGUCAAUAUUUACAAGUGAUGCUUGGAAAAUAUGUGGAAAAUGCCAAGCAGUAUUGGAGAAGCAAAGAUGCUGCAUUAUAUCUUGUAACCUCAUUAGUUAGUAGAGGUGCUACUCAAAGACAUGGAGUUACACAAACUAGUCAGCUGGUCGAUAUAAAUCAGUUUUGCCAACAGCACAUAUUGUCAGAAUUAGAGAGGCCUGAUGUUAAUGAUUUGCCCGUUUUGAAAGCAGAUGCCAUAAAAUACAUCAUGACAUUUAGAUCAGUGCUGCCAAGUGCCAUUGUAAUUUCUACGAUUCCACAAUUAAUAAGGCACAUGACUAGUGAAAGUGCGGUGGUACACACUUAUGCCGCUUGUACAUUAGAAAAAAUUUUAAUUAUAAAGGCCAAUAAUCAGCCAAUAGUCACUGGUGCCCACCUGGAACCAUUUACUACAACACUUCUAACAAAUCUUUUUGGAAUACUAGAAAAACCUGUUUCAGAAGAAAACGAGUAUGUUAUGAAAGCACUGAUGAGAACAUUUUCUACGUUACAAGAAAGAGUUCUACCAUUCUUGAAUGUCGCAUUGCCAAAAUUAACAGAGAAGCUACAAAUGGUUGCAAAAAAUCCAUCAAAACCUCAUUUUAACCAUUAUCUUUUUGAAACAUUUUCAUUAGCCAUAAGAAUCGUAUGUAAGGCAAAUCCCACUGCUGUUACAGCAUUUGAAGAUAUAUUGUUUCCCAUUUUCCAAGGAAUUCUACAGCAGGAUAUUCAAGAAUUUAUUCCUUAUGUAUUUCAAAUUCUUUCUCUAUUGAUGGAGAGUACACCUCAAGGUAAUAAUCUGGAGCCCUACAUGCAGCUUUUGCCAUUCUUAUUGGCUCCUGUGCUAUGGGAUAGACCUGCUAAUAUUAGUCCACUAGUAAGAUUAUUAUGCGCUUUCGCUCUACAAGCAGCCCCACAAAUUGUAGCGCAGGAUAAAGUGAGCGGAUUCCUAGGAGUAUUCCAGAAAUUGAUUGCUUCAAAAACUCAUGAUCAUGAGGGUUUCUUUUUGAUUCAAAGUAUGAUUCAGCAUUUACCAAUGGAAGCCCUAGCACCUUAUCACAAACGGAUAUUUUCCCUUUUGUUUCUAAGACUCUCUUCCAGUAAGACCACAAAAUAUGUAAUUAAUCUCAUAGUUUUCUUUUCGCUGUACGUUGUGAAAUAUUCAGCAAAUGAACUGAUCUCGACUGUUGACGAUAUUCAAGCAGAAAUGUUUGGUAAGGUGCUUGAAAAACUAUAUAUUGCUGAAAUACAAAAAGUUUCUGUAGCCGUCGAUAGAAAAAUUGUAGCUUGCGGUGUAACAAAAUUAUUAUGUGAAAGUCCAGAGAUAUUUUCAGGAAAGUAUCAAAACUAUUGGCCCCAGCUAUUGCAGGCGUUAUUAAAAUUCUUUGAAAUGCCAGUGGACUCAAGCAUGCUACCCGAUGAUCAUUUCAUAGAAGUAGAUGAUACUCCCACAUAUCAGACAACUAGUGCAAAACUGAAUUUUGCAAAUACUGUCAAGAGCGAUCCUCUCCAAGCUAUUGCCGAACCCCGCCAGUUUCUGGUUCAAAGCUUAGCAACUCUUGGAAAUUCUCAACCUGGACGGCUUCCAGUAUAUAUUAGCAACAUGGAUGUACAAGUUCAGACAAUACUAAAUAGUUACCUAUCUAAGUUUGCUGUUCAGCUGGUCUAACACUCUAAAUAGUUAAUUGUAGCCAUAUUUGUUAGUUUUAAGUUUUUAAACCUUAUAUUAAGUUUGUUAGUAAUUUUUGCAUAAUUGUAAAUUAUUUUUAAUAAUAAACUGCAAAAUAAU